UUGAUCACCCUACUGUAUGUGACAUCACUCCUGUAUCACUCCUGUUCACUAACAGCCUGUGUUCACUCUUUCCUGCUCACUCCUGGACUGUCCUCAGGUAAAGACAGGAGGCGGCAGACGGAGCGCAGCAGCAUUUCCAAACUCUCCCACAAGAGAGCGCCUUCUGCACCUCCACCCGCACCUCCACCUGCACCCCCACCUGCACCUCCACCCGUACCCCCACAUGCACCUCCACCCAUACCCCCACACGCACCCCCACGAGCCCCACCACCACCCCCACCCCGGAUCAGAGGGGGAACUAAGCACACCCCUCUGCGCGGCCGGCAGGCGCUGGACGUGGACGGGGUGUGCAAGGACGCCCCGGGGCCUCGGGAUGGAGAGCAGGGUCCUGAGGGGCCGCCGGGGGAUCUGAACCGGCGCAGAGGGAGAAUGAGGAGAGGAGUGAAUCACACCUCACACACACUGCUGCCUGAUAAAACACCCACUAAACCACCCGUAAAGAGCAGCCUUAAACCCUCAAAAGCCCCGCGCGAGAGCAACGAGCCCGGCAAACACAAAGCUACCUUUGUCUGAUCUCACCAGCGGCGGCGACUGUUAUCAGAGCGUACAUGACCCACAGUCAUGUGGUACACAUCUGAUCAACCUCAAAGAGAACCAUUUCUUUCUUUUGCCUGGUUUAACCCUUAGAGGUCAAGCGUCACUGAUUUAAUAUUCAAUAACCAUACAUAUAUAUUAUUUAUUCACUGUUUAUUCCUGGCCAGGGUCGCAGUGAGCCUGAAUCCUUCCUGGAAUCUAUUUUGAUUUAAUAUUGAUUAUUAGAGGAAGAGCCAACAUUCUUGAAGCAGCAAAAUGCAGGAAUUGGGGAGAUAUUAUUUGGAGCUCCUGGGUUAUAUAUUAUACAUAUACAGCUCUGGAAAAAAAACUUUUUCUGAUUUUGCUAUUUAUAGGUUUAUGUUUGAGUAAAAUGAACAUUGUUGUUUUAUUCUAUAAACUACAGACAACAUUUCUCCCAAAUUCCAAAUAAAAAUAUUGUCAUUUAGAGCAUUAAUUUGCUGAAAAUGUGAAAUGGAUGAAAUAACUGUAAAUAAAAAAAUUACGCAAAGAAAACGAAAAGAAAGUUUAUAUACAUAAAGUUUAAGAGUUCAGAAAUCAAAAAUAUUAAAAAAUAUUUGGUGGAAUAACCCUGGUUUUUAUUCACAGUUUUCAUCGAUCUUGGCAUCAUGUUCUCCUCCACUAGUCUUACACACUGCUUUUGGAUAACUUUAUGCCUUUACUCCUGGUGCAAAAAUUCAAGCAGUUCAGUUUGGUUUGAUGGCUUGUGAUCAUCCAUCUUCCUCUUGAUUUUAUUUCAGAGGUUUUCAGUGAGGUAAAAUAAAAAAAAACUAAUACUUAAAGUGGUCUCUUAUUUUUUUUCCAGAGCUGUAUAUAUAUAUAUCAAUAUUACAAUAUAUCAUUUGGUUCCUGAUUAACUUACUAAAACGUUGCUGCUUCAUUACGCUGAGUGGUUUUUUACCUGCAGUAAAGAAUAUUGGUUGUCUAAUUCUGUAAAACUGACACCAGUAAAUCCAUAAUCCCUGGUAUUUUAUCGUCUUCAGUAACACAGAUCCCAUAAAGUAUUGUACAUAAUUAAUAUUGAGUAUUGUGAUAUCACCGUUAUCAUGGGUAAUGUAUUAUGAUAAUAUUGUAUCUUGAAAUGCCCUGUGACUCCCAACUGUAAUCUGAACAUAAAUUGAACAAGCUGUAAGCUACAGAGCCUGCAACAGAAGGGAAAAAAGCAUGUGGACUGAAGCAGUACAGUAAUUUUACAGUAUGUCACAGGUUAUGCAGCAAUAAGUUAGCUUGCCUACACACUUAAGGCUGACAAUUGUCUGGUGCGUAUAGGGUUAAAGAUGGGGGCCAAAAUUCCACCUCAGUCCAAAAAAAAUGAUGAAUGCGGUUGUCCCCUAAAUAGUUGAAUGGAUGUACAGUAUGUGAUGAACUGAUGGACUGGCACCCUGUCCAGAGGGCAUACAUGCCUUGUUCCCAGUAACUAAAGGUAAGUUUAAGAAGCGAAUGAGAAGAAGAAUGAAUAUAAUUUGUGCUCUAAAGUGAGCGAAAAAUAUAACCCUUCAUGCUCCAGGGAACUAAUGCUAGUCUGUGAUGAGUGUUCACCAGAAUAGACCAAGAAACAGCCAAUGAACUGAAGUUUUUAAACCAAUAAUAAAACAGUAAAUUGGCCCUGUUCACUGCACUGGGAAAACAGUAGUUUUUACUAAUUUAACGUGAUUUAAAACACAGAUUUUUUUUUACUGUUGGUUAUGGAUGGUUUAUGAACUAAAAAGUUCAAUAUGAAAUAUAAAAUGUUAUACACAGGCGUCCAGUGCAAUGCCUGUUUGUUCCAUCACUGGAGAUAAUUCAGUUCAGAAAGGGUUAAGAUGUUAAAAAAUCAAUAACUGUAACUUCUAAGGGUUAAACUGGAGAUCUCACAUUUUUCUACCAUACAGGUGAUUCGACUUUUGUCAUCAAUGGCCUUAUAAUGCACAAAACUGCGUUACUGUCUUAAUAGAGGACGAAUCAUAUGUUUGUGACCUUUCCGUGCUGUUUGACCUUAAAGCAGAAGAUCAGUGGGACUGUCCAGUUUUGUUUGGAUACCAUAAACUGCUCUGGGUCCUAAAGCCUUCUCUCCAUACACACUCACACUGUGCCGAGACAAAGAUGGAGCACCCAUUUACAGCAUCCGUAAUACUCAUGGACUCCCCGGUGAUUUCUCAGUGCGCUUCUAUCGAGCCAGGUGUCACACUUUAUCUGUGUUAAUAAAUGCUUAUAAAUUAC